AGCCCGUUCCGCCUCGAGCAGUCGAUGGCGGCGGUCCCGCUGCUGGUGGGGUCCGGAUCGCGGGGGCGUGGGGCAGAGGUUGCCCUGCCAUGUUCGCAUCCCGUGGGGCGCGGGCGAAGGACGCCUCUGCCGCGACCGCGGCCGCCAGGGUCUCGCUCCGCAGCGCGCCGAGGGUGUGGGACGCCGAGGAGGCAGAGGCUUCCUCCGUGCACAGCGAGCCCAGCAGCGGACCCGUGAGCGCUCGGAGCGCCGGCCUCUCCGCGGACGAGCGGGACGCCCCCGUGGAGGCCCGCGUCGGCCGCGGCCUCGCCAGGGACCCCAACGCGCGGGCGACGAGCUCCAAGGACCGGCGCACGGCGGUCUCGCCGUUCCGCUCCCUGCCGGACCUGCACCCGCACGAGGUGGAGCUGCGUGUGGCCGUCAAGGACCUCUCGAGGGAGGUCGCCCCAGAGAAGUUCCGCUCGCGCACCAAGGGCGUCGGCGGCUUCGUCUUCGGGCUGCUGGUGUUUCCCCAGGGGACGAAGAGCGCCCCAGAGCAUGCGCGGAAAAACCGCCCCACCAAGGAGGGGGACAAGGACAAGGAUAAGGACAAGGAGAAGGACAAGGACAAGGACAAGGACAAGGAUAAGGACAGGGACAGGGACAAGGACAGGGAAAGGCUCGACGACAAGCAGGAGGACGACAAGGGCGCCGUGCCUGCCGCUGCCUCCAGAGAGAAGAAGGAGACGCGCUGGAUCUCCGCGUUCGUGGAGGCGCGCCCUACUGAGGACUACCCGCCGCACUGGCACUUUGAGGACGUCCAGUUCCUCGUCUCGCUGAUCAACUUCGAGGACCUCAAGAAGUCGAUCGUGAAGCACGACAAGCACACCUUCUCCCCCGUCGAGUCGUCGGAUGGCAAGGCUAUCGAUCGAGGCUGGCACGACUUUGUCCACUGCGACGAGGCCACGCUGCGGAACAACGGGUUCGUGGAUCCGAAGGACGACGCCGUGUGCUUCCGCGCCUCGGUCUACCUCGCGGGGGGCGCCAUGCGGGUGAGUCCGAAGACGAAGUCCCGAUACAUGAGCCUCGGCAGGGUCGAGCUGAGCGGGCCGUGCGAGAAGGUGCUCUGA